ACUCAAAUUGGUUCCCUUAUCAGGUUUUUUCACAAGUGGUGCGAUAACUCAUUUGGGUAAAAAAUGCACCAAAGUUAUUCGGUUUUUGACAUUGAAGACGAUCGCAGUUAUGUGUGAGUGCGUGUGAGUGUGUUUAUUUUCCUGUUUUUUGUUUAGCAACCACCCUAGUUCCAACACCUGAAAUGGCCCUUCCUGCAGCAAUUGCUCUGUCGGGUCUGAAUAAAGAAUACUUUUCCGACGGCCUAAACGACGUUUUUAACCACGGAGCCGUCCUGCUCAAAAGCCCAAGCUUGUCCUCUAUCGCCUCCUCUGAUGACGCUUACUCGCAAGAAAGCGGCAUUUCCUCAAUGUCCAGCGAGACUUCCAUCGCUCGCAACCUGGCGCCCUACUUCAACAUGCUCUUCAACACCUCGCAUAUCGAGUUAAAGAGCGCGGACGACCCGGAGCCGAAGGCGAAGCCCGAAGUCCGGGAAAUAAUGUACGAAAACCGCGAUAUUCUCAACCUGGCGUCGAACAUCGCGUGGAAAUGGGACUGCAAGAGCGCAGUUCUGCAAACGGGACCAAGCUACUUUUUUGAGAACAGAUCUCAAUAUUCUCGAGUAUUAGGUGCUCACAUGCCGGAGCAUGUUAUCGUGACUUGCCCUGUGGAGGGAUGCUCGUACAAAGAACUCCACUACUUUUGAAUGACAAUUUUUUGUUGGUAGUCUUACCCACGAGAUAUGUUAAGUUCAGCGAAUAGUUCAGUAUUUAAAACUUCACACUUUUUUACGUUUGUACUUAAUCGACUAGAUUUAAUCUCAUUUAGCGCCUACCGAUCGAAAAUUAUUGAGAGACAAGUUUCUAGUGAUAUUAUUUUGUUCAAAGGUUUACGAGACCGAGAUCAAGAGAUGGUUGUGAAUAAUUUUAUAUUGUAAUUUUGUGAUUUUGUUCGCUUUAGUUGGUAAGACUGAAUAUGUGAUUUUUUGACAAUAUAACAAAUAGCUAUCGA